CUUCUCAAGAAGAGCGCCAUCCACAACUGUCGCUCUGUGCGAACCUGCCACGCUCAACUGCGACCGUUGGGGACUCACCUUAUUGCCGUCUUCUCCGGCAACCAUGCUUGCUUGCUCAUAGUUUUGCUAACGAGACACGUGUUGCUCCAUGUAAUUCUCAAUCAAGUGCUAUCUUUGCGUACUCUCACACACUCACUCAUCCACGCGUCUAUUGCCAUGGAAGAUGCAGAUGAAGCCCACAUGUCUGAGAGAGUAAGUGCAAAAUUCUUCUCAAUGAUCGAGAAAGCUGACACCUCAGAUGAACCGACUCAGGAAACUCAGAGGACAUGAGAUCUCAACUAGACUAUGUAACAACUAAAGACUGAUUACCUGACUAAAUUUAUAAUAAACGUAAGUUAUUGCAAGGUGUUCAGCGUUAUUCUCAUAUGCUCAGUUCCUCAUCAUUUGGUUUUUCGAGCCGGAUUGGACACCUGCAAUCUCUUAUUCGGAAAACUCAGUGUAAUACUCGUGUCGUGCGGUAUAUCUAUGACUCUCUCGCGCUCGUGUGCUGUGCGGCAUAUCUCUAACGCUCUCGCGCUCGUGUGCUGUGCGGUAUAGCGCUGUCUCUCUCACACUUGUGGUGUACGGUGAAUAGUGUCCUCUCGCUCGCGCUCGUGCCAUACUGACUCAGGCAGACUUCUCACCUCUCCGCGAACAAUCGUGACUCGCACGCGUAUUGAAGCCUUUCGUGUUUGUGUGCAGUUCAGUGACGCUGGAGUAACUAAUUUACAAGUGACAGCUCACACAGCACGCCGCAAUGCCUCUUAUGGACGAUAAUGCAUCAGGCAAGGUUUCGAUUGACGGCUCACAACCGCCGACUCAGAAUCCUUCAGCUGGCAACCUUGAUGUCCCUGAGCCGCCUCAAGGCCCCAACACUCGAAGCAGCUCACCCACGAUCCUCAGCGGCGAAUUAUUUUUCUGCGUUCACGCUCAAAACGAGAUCAUCGAGUCAAUGGAAGAACUGCUCACUCAAGCCUCAGAGCCUGCCGGCGACAUGAUGCUGACGGAGGUCACCGUGGUGCUCGAUCAACUCGAAGAGCUGCAUCGGGCAUUCCGAACAGAGCACUCAUGGCUCGUUCCCUAUUGGCCGCCUGCUCACCUAGACCACGCAUACUUUGCUCGCAAGGUCAGCAGCACGGAAACUAGGCUGAUGCUAAAGACCAAGCGGCUGCUCGGUCAUCUCCAAGAGGAACACAUCGCUCCUGCUCAAUCUGCAGACUCAUCCGGGACUGGCUCCCGCCCACGCCCGCCCGAAUUGUCGGUACUUACGUUUAGCGGAGAUUGUCGGAAAUGGCCGGAAUUUAAGGCCAUGUUCCUCUCAGUUAUAGGGAAUCGCUUAGACCUUAAUGACCUGGAGAAGUUUCAGUACUUGAAGGGUGCUAUGCAGGGUGACGCUUCGGAGCUCAUUGCCAACCUCUCACCUCACCCUGCAUCGUACAAUGCAGCGUGGCUACUCCUUGACGCCAGAUUCGAGAACAAAAGGCUCAUCUGA